AAAAAAAUAAAAAAAUUAUAAAAAGGAAAAAUUGUGGCGGUGGGACACGUGCCCGAGGCACGAGGCGACAGGGGCGACCUCGCGCGCUCUUACGUGUCGCGCGCGCCGCGUGGGCGCACACGUGCCACGCGCCCACGGGGCGGGGCAAAGCGCUUCGAAUUUUAUUUUAUAUAUAUAAUAUUUAUAUAUAAUAAUAUAAUAUAUAUAUAUAUAUUAUAAGAGAAAUGGUACGAUGCGUUGUCGACGUGUCCUAUUGCCACUACUACUUGUUACUGUGACUGCUAUAAAAGGGCACGUGUGAUAGCGUUCGAAGGAGAUAGAUGUGCACAGCAGGUGUUUGUAGUAAUGCUUCUGAGAGGGUGGCGCAGCCUCACUGGUAUUUCUACUACUACUGCUGCUGCUGCUGCUACUAUUAUUGCUACUACUGCUAAGACUCCCGGGAUCAGCAUCCUCGGGGCGGCGGCGACGACGACGACGACGACGACGACACUGCUUUUGAAUCCGCACCACCAUCGUUUCCUAAGCCCGUGGGGGAUCGGCCGCGGCGGAGCCACCACCGCCGCUUUUCGAAGCGCAGCUUUCUGCACCGCGCCGUCCCCCGGCAAUCGUGAGGGGAUGGAGAAUAAGGAGAAAAACGACGAGAACAGCCACGGCGAGGACGACGACAACCACAAGAAAAAGGAUACGAUGUGGCACUCGUUCGGGGUAGGAUACGGGACAAGGUCGGACGAGGAAGGGUUUGGGGGAAUCUACGGGCGAAGCGAUGAUGCAACAGAGGACCAUGAACACCACGCAAACCAUCCAGAGUACGACAAGACGCAGGGCAGCGAGGUGAAGGAGAAGGAGAAAGCUCGAAACCUACCUGAUGAUGCAGCCGCAACCGGCCACGCUCAUGAUCAAGGAGCUGCUGCUCAAGGAGCUGUUGCGGCAGAGAAAAACUAAGUCAAUUACGAACUGUUGUUAUAUGUGAUCAUAUGGCUUGGAUCUGUGUGUGUUUUGCUCUCUCUUUUUUUUUGAACCUUUUGCGAGAGUUGAGAGAAGGAUCACAAACUUUUUGGUCUCAUGUAAAUCUUAAUCCCUGCUUUUGUUUCUUUCAUCUUUCUUAAAUAUCUAUGGAUUGCAUGUUUUUAAUUAUAAGCUUUCAUUAAGAUUAGAAAUAAUUUCCCCAAUCUCA